AGGCUGACAUUAAUGGAACAACUUCUGCUGUCCACUUCCUGUUCCGUCCUGAUGGUCAGCUACAGCGGGUUCAGCAUGAAGGCAGCUCAGAUCAGACACAUUCUCAGACCGGAAGCGGACAGUUUGUUCAUCUACAGGGCGGGGUUGGUGGUGCCCGUCAAGAUUCACAGUCUUCUUUAG